CAAGGGCUCAUCCAUGGAUCCACUCAGCAUUUCCGCCAGUGUUGCUGGCCUUUUGGCUCUAACUCAACAAUUAAUCCAAGGCAUUCGCGAUAUCAAAGGUGCAGACAAAGAGCGCUCAUCAAUCCGGGACGAGGUCUUCUAUCUGAGCGGUCUGUUUUUCAACCUCGAUGGGUACGUGAAGAGCAAUGAGCUACAGAAAGGUGUCACGAGUCUUCUGGAUGGGGAGCGUGGUCCGCUGGCACAGCUGAAAAAGGAUUUGGAGUAUCUACAUUCCAAGAUAUGUCCGGUCGCCGGAUUGAAGAAGCUUGGAAAAAGCGUUUCUUGGCCAUUCCAGAAAAAUGAUAUCGAAGCGUUGCUGAGGAGAACAGAAAGACAGAAAUCCCUCAUACUUCUUGCUAUGGGGAAUGACCAAGCAAGGCUGGCGCAAGAGAUCAAAGACGAUGUUUCCUAUUUGAAAGAUGGCAUUGACGAGAUAAAGAGUGGAAUAACACAAAAUCGUCUGGACCAAGAUGCUCUUCGGAAAGAGAAAGCGUCUCUCGAGAUCAUGGAUUGGCUCUCGCCGCUCAAAUUCCAAUUGGAGCAUGAAGACAAUUACGAAUCAAGUUCAUGCGCUCGACUCACUGGCUCGGAAGAAUUCAAGAGGUGGGAAAGAGGAGACCUGAAGACAUUGUGGUGUGUCGGAAAUCCCGGCGUUGGGAAAACGGUCCUUGCCACACACAUCAUUCAUCGAACUCAACAAUCGAUCCAACGUGAGACGGAGACGCUUGCAUAUGUUUUCUGCAGCUAUAAGCAGCAUCUCCAAACGACUGAAAAUCUUAUCUGCGCAAUUCUCUGGCAAGUUCUCAACGACCAGCCAACAGUUCCCGAACGGCUAGUGUCAUUUUAUCAUAAACACAACCGGAGAGGAAGCAGGCCAAGUCUACAAGAGUGGUCUCAAUUGCUUCAGACCCAACUAGAGUUGUUCUCCAAAGUGACAAUCAUCAUCGAUGCACUUGAUGAGUACAAAGAGCUUGACAGCAGAAAGGACUUCCUCAAAGAACUCGAGAAAUUGCCGAGCGUGGUGAGAUUCCUCAUCACCUGCCGUCCACCUCUACCAACACUAGAUGGGCAACUUGGAAACCAUGCGGCGUUUGAAGUUGAGACGCGCGAAGAAGACAUCCGCCGAUACAUUGAGUGGCGCAUUCCAAGAGAACCA